UAGCCAAUCAGCGGCUGGCGCUCUUCCUGCUCCACGUCGGCAGCGGCGGUGGCAAAAUGGAGGCGCUGGUGCUGGAGCCGUCCCUGUACACGGUCAAGGCCAUCAUCAUCCUGGACAACGACGGCGAGCGGCUCUUCGCCAAGUACUACGAUGACACGUACCCCAGCGUGAAGGAGCAGCGCGCCUUCGAGAAAAACAUCUUCAGCAAAACGCACCGCAGUGACAGUGAGAGCGACAGUGACCACGGGUGACACACCGGUGACAAGAGCAGCAUCGACCUGUACUGCUGUGUCAUCGGCAGUGCCACCCAGAACGAGCUGGGCCGGCUCACCCCUGUCCCCUGUGUCCCCUCAGUGUCCCCUCAGUGUCCCCCGUGUCCCCGCAGGAAGAACGUGGAGCGCCGGGCGCUGCUGGACAACAUGGAGGGGCUGUUCCUGGCCGUGGACGAGAUCGUGGACGGAGGCCCUCUGUCCCCGCUGUCACAGGGCGAGGACGUGCCCCUGACGGAGCAGACGGUGUCACAGGUGCUGCAGUCGGCGAAGGAGCAGAUCAAGUGGUCGCUGCUGCGUUAGGGGGACCCCAAAAUCCCCCAGGGAUCCCCCAAAACCUCCCGGGACCCCCCAGAACAACCUGGGACCCCCUGGGACCCCCCAAAACCUCCCAGGACCCCCCUGGGACCCCCCAAACCCCCCCCGUGCCCCCCAACACGCCGGU